ACAAGAAAUACUCACGUAUCAAAAACUAGACCCUCCUAACCAUUUUAUAUCUGAAGCUAUACUUGAAAGGCUUCAAGGAUACAGUAUAUCUUAUCAUCCUACCGAGCAAGCCUUUGCUGAUAUAAUUACAAUGCUCUGUAUGCAUCCUGCUAAAGUUACGACUCUUUAUAUUGCUAAUGGACGUCCUUAUAGUAUUAAGCCAAGUGAUUUGCAUGAAUUGGGUGCAAACUAUACUGCUAUGAUACAUGAACCUGAAAAUCCCGGUCAAAGAUUUAUUAUUAUGUGA